GUUCAAGUUCCACUUCUCGUCUAAUGGUUGCUAUAUCGAGUUUCUGGGAUAAGGUUGUUCCUUAGGAUUACACGUUUUAGGCCUGCUUGGCAACGCAGGAUACUUUAAAAAUCGACCGCCUAAUUUCUGUUUAUGUUGUAACCUAACCUAACCUAACCCUACUUUUCUUUCUCAUAACAUUGAAUAAUUUUGUUGAUUCGGCCACUGUAAUAUUUUCUCAGCAAUCAUGAGCAAGGUACAGAAACCGUACAAAAGGCAAUUCUACAAUAGAAAUGCCCAAAAACGACCGACCAUUGACAUUAACCUAAAAGGAUUCUUAUGCAGCUGCAACAACAGAGAAAAAGACUGUGUGAGAGAGUCAUACAAUUUGUUAAACAAAUAUGCUGAUGUACUAUGGCCCCAGGUUAGUACUGAAGUUUCAGAAGAAAAAACUGAGGUUGAGGAUGAUCUGCAAAAGGAGCUCCAGGAGCUACACAAAGAGAAAAAGGAGACCAGAAGAUUCCAAGUAGUUGACUCGGGUGCAAAAAAUUUCCUUUUUAUUAAAACCACCCUAGAAGACCCAGUCAAGCUGGCUGAAAGUAUUGUUAAGGAAAUAUCUGAGAAGAAAAGUCAGGAAACAAAGUUUUUGCUUCGCCUAAUUCCAAUUGAGACCACAUGUAAGGCUUAUCUUAAAGAUAUCGAGAAGGCCUUUGAGCUAUUAUGUAAGAAACACUUUUCUUCACAAUCAAAGACUUAUUCCAUUGUUUUUAAUCACAGAAAUAACAAUAGUGUCUCAAGAGAUGAAGUUAUUAAAUCUAUUGCGGACAUGGUGGACAAGCAAGGCAAGCUGCACAAUCUAGAGCAUAAAGUGGAUCUCAAGAAUGCAGAAAUUUCAAUAAUUAUAGAAGUAGUUCGGGGCUUCGUUUUUAUUGGGGUAGUACCCAAUUUUAUUAAAUAUAAAAAAUAUAAUUUGUUAGCUUUUGUUAGUGAUACUGAAAGCACUAAUGCAGUUGAUGCUAAUGUAAAUGAUAUUGUUGAUAAGGAUGACAUAAUAGAAACGAGUGAAGAAAAUAAAGAAGUUAAAUGAUACAAA